UCCAAAACAGCCCCAAUUCGAAAAUUCCAAAAGCCAAAACAGCCUCCAAUUCGAAAAUUCCCUCAAAUCUCUCUCUCAAACCCUAGAAUUCCCAAAUCCAUUCGAGAUCAAAUCCAAUGGGGAGAAAGCUCCGAUCAUCGAUCCAAUCCACUGCCGACGAGUUCCUCACCUCAGUCCCCGCCCAAUUCUCCACCAAACAAGGUAAAUCCUCUCUCAAAACCCUAAUCUCAACCAUCUCUCCUUCAUCCCAUCUCAUCUCCACUCUCCCUCGAUCCCUUCACCUCUUCGUCUCUCAAACCCUAGAUUCCUUCAAGAAAUCCCUCCAUUCUCAAGACGUCGCCUCAAGAUCUCCCGCUAGAGCCUCGGUCUCGCCUCCAUCGAAGCGAGCUCGCCGCUCAUCUCGUAGAAAUAGCUCCGACGAGCCCUCGAAUACCCUAGAUCACUUGAAAAAGCUUCAAUGCUACACUUUCAUCGCUCACCAGAUGAUUUCACACCCAAAGAAGCCAUUUUUGGCUUCGGAGCUCCUCCCAUCUGUCCAGUUGCUGCAUGAUAGCCUCGUGCUCUAUGAAAUGGACCCAGUGCUUCUUCAUUUAGUUGCUAGUCUUUGUGAAGAGUGGUGGAAAGAGAAGCUUUUGGAUAGGGAGAAGUUGGUCCCACAAUCCCUGCCCUUUUUCCUCUCGAAAUCGCUGUCUAAUGGUAAGAAAUCGGAUGUUCGUAGGGUUUAUGCGCUUCGUGAAGCUUUUCUGUUGUUCGAUUACGUUGAUGAGAGUAUUGAAGACAUGAGACUUUUGCUUGUUCGUUGUGUUAUUGCUCCGGUGUAUUUGAAGACUGAUGAAGGGAGAAAGUUUAUUGCUUUUAUGUUGGGGUUGAAUGAUCAGUUAGCUAAGGAAGCUUUAGCUUUGAUUAAGUCGCAGAUACCCUUUGGGAGAAAGUCGGUGUUGGAGGCUUAUGGGGAUAUUCUGUUUAGGUCAUGGAAGGGAUGUGAAGGUUUUUUGAGAGAUGAGAUUGAAGACGGGUUUGUUCAGGGGCUCAUUGAUGCAGCUGUUCAUGCGAGUUCAAAGUCGCUUGCAGCUUCGAUAAGGAGAGUUUUGGGUGGAUUUAUUGAGAAGAGGGCUACUGAAGGCGUGGAGAAGCUUCUUUUCCGCCUCUCUGAGCCAUUGCUGUUUCGGUCGCUUCAGGCUGCAAACUCUGAUGUUCGCCAAAAUGCACUGCAUCUGUUUUUGGAUUUGUUUCCACUCGAAGAUCCCGAAGUCACAAAGGAGGUUAAAGACACCUUGCUGGACAAGCAAUUCUUUUUAUUGGAAAAACUUCUUCUAGAUGAUUGCCCCGAUGUAAGGGCAGUUGCAGUUGAAGGCUGCUGCCGCAUUUUGAACUUAUUUUGGGAAGUCAUUCCUUCUUCAAUAAUAACAAAGAUUUUGAAAAAAAUUAUUGACUGCAUGUCAACUGAUGCGUGCAAUGAGGUGAGGUUAUCGACAGUGAAUGGAAUUAUCUAUCUGCUUGAGAAUCCACAGAGCCAUGAAAUUAUGAAAGUGCUUCUUCCCAGAUUGGGUUGCAUGCUCUCUGAUCCCACACUUUCAGUUCGCCUUGCUGUUACUGAUCUUCUUUUAGCUAUCAGAGACAUUCGGACAUUCCAGUUUAACAAGGUGGUUGGUUUAGAUGCUUUAUUAUCCUCACUUGCAAAUGAUCAUCUGCGUGUUGCCCAAAAAAUUACCAGGCUACUGAUCCCUUCAUAUUUUCCAGCUAAGAUGAAUUUGAUUGAAGCAUGUGGUCGCUGCAUUGCACUCAUAAAAAGGUCUCCUACUGCAGGUGCGAGGUUUUGUGAACUUGCUUUAUCAGAAGGAUCGUCUUCUAAGUCGCUCUUAGAGCUCCUUAGGAUUUCUGUAAGUUUGGCUCUUUCUCCUAAGGGCCUAAAUUCUGAUCAAAUUGAUGGGCUGUUUGUUGCCUCAGCCAAUAUUUGCUGUAGCUUAUCAUCUGACCUGUCUAAUAAGAAAGCUCUUGGUGAGUUGUUUCCGAGUACAAAGUUGAAGCGUUUGUUUACUGCUGCAGCUUCUCCUUGUGCUCAGACUGCACUCUUCACCCUUGCUUCAGUUCUUUCUUUAGAUGAUCUAGGCGGACUCCGUGACUUGUGUAUUGCUUCAAUAAUGGAUUGCACAGGACUCUCUGAGAAUGUUGAAAAACAAGCACUUAUACGAGCAGGCCAUAGAUUUAUGCUUUCUUAUGGUUGGUUUGAUGAACUGUUUCGAGCAUUAACAAAUAAUUUGCAGUCUAUUGCUUCUGGCUUUCUUAACAAGUUUGACUUGGAACUCCCACAACAAGUGGCGCAUCGUUUGCAAAAAAUUAAAACUAAAAUGCCCGUGAGAACGCCAGAGAGAUUAGGUCAUUUUAACGGGAAAGAAACACCCAAUACUGAUUUGUCAAGAACCAAGGAUGAUCUAUUUAUUGCAGCUGUAGCAGCCUGGCAACUGAAAGAUUUGCUUGUCAGUGAAGAUGCAAGGAACUCAUUGUUAAAAUCUCCUAACCUGGAAAUUACAUACUUUGCUCUAAGGAUUAUUUCCCAGGUAAGCAUUGACCUAUGUUCGCAUUGUGAACUCGUAGACACAUCAGCUGUCACGGCCUACAUAGCUCUUGCCAUGCACAUGUCUCUACAUCAUGCUGACACAACUAGCGGUGAUGACAAUAACAACGUACAAUGUGUUAGUAUGCCUUCAAAGUUAACAAUAAUGGAGGAUUCAUUGGGCCACCUGCUCAAUUGUGCUGAGAAACUCUUUACUGAGCUCGUUGAUGGAAAAUCUAGCAGCCUACCUUCAAGUUCUAAGCAGAAAAGAAGCACAGAGCGCCGACAUAAAAGAAAACACAAGGAAGCUCUAUCAAGUGCAUCGGGCCCAACAGAAGGUGGUGAGGCCAAAACUGAUCUUCCAGCGGUGAAAGUAAUGCAGAAUGUUGCAAAGAUGGCUACUGCAAUUCUUAAGAUAAUUGCUGAUGCUGCAGCUGUUGGACUCAUUACCCAUAACCAUGUUAAGUGUUUGAAUUUUGGUUCGGCUUUUGCUAGAUACAUUGUCUCAUUCACUAGAGGCCAACAGAAUGAGACUUCAGCAUUUGAGGAAGAGGAUUUAAAGGACGUAUUGGUAUUUCUUAAGAGCUCCUUCUCAUAUGCGUCCAAAUUACUGCAUUUGGUGCUAAAAAACUCUAGUGAAUCUUCAGCCCCGCCAAGAGAAGUCUUCGAUCUUGCCAAUGACCUUCUAGAUCUCAUUGUCUCUAUUGAAUCAUCUCUAGGCUCAAAGUAUGCUUCACAUAUUCUUUCUGUUGCGAAGCCAUGGCUGCCUAUUCUUGUACUCGCCUUAGGCUCUCAACAACUUAUCAAAGCAAGAGAAUAUCAGGGCACAGCGAGUUCAGGUGAUCUUACUGUACUUCCAGCCUAUAAGUUCAAACACCGCAGUAAUGAGGAGGGAAAAGAGCAGGGUGAAGAGGAGAGUGAUAAUGUUUCCGAACACAAGGCUCCAGCAUUCAGAAAGCUUACGGAGCAAGUGAUUGUUUUGCUAAAGAAAGGUAAUCCGAGAGUAUUGGAUGCUGUUAGUGAUGUUCUUUUGAGAGGCGUGUUGUUUAUGAUGGAAGGAACAGAUUUUGGUUUGGUGUUAGGUCUGCUGAAUUUCACAUGUAUGAAGUUGUUAGGCAAGGAAUAUUCAUCAUGGAAAGAACUUAAACUUGUGUCAAGGACUCUACAAGAGAUUUACUUACGAAUUGGAAGAGAGCUUGAUGAUGUCAAUCUCAACGAGGAUGGAAGGAUUGCCUUAGGAAGUGCUAGGGAGAUUAUUGAAUCGGUUCCCAUGGAUCCUGAAUGAAGAGCUAUGCAGAAAAUAGUGAUCUAUGUCAUAUUUGCCAUGUGUACUAAAUAACUUUUGUCAGGAAUCUGUACAGUUGCACUAAUUGCUACUGAAGAAAGUAUAUAUGCGAUGCAUAAUUUUCGUGGAGCAUUCAAGUUUGUGAUGUUGAACGCAAGCCAGAUUCACAAUAGACUGAAUACUUGUAUCUGCAGUCAUUAUGUUUAUAUUGGAAACAUUUUUGGCAUUUAUUUCAUAUAUGUAAACAAAUUUUGUUGCUGAAAACUGACAUGUGAUUUGAGAUUUUGAUGUU